UUUCUGUCGUAAAAAUGCCAAAAAAUCGGCUAGUUACCCGUUCAGUGACCAACAGUCGACCACAUCACAUGACUUUAAAUUUGGAGUGUACAGAAGAACCACUCAGCGAAGCUCAGUUAAUGUUACGAUUAGAACUGAAGGAAAAUUAUGACAGAGUUGCUGCUACUUUAGAAGAAUUGGUUAAAGAUCACGGAGGUAAAUUGGUAUGCCAAGCAGGCAAUGUCAACGGUUAUCAGUAUACAUUGCCUCCAAAUCCUGCACAAGCACUGGUUAAAAAUACUCCUCAACCCAUUGUGAACGUAAAUCAAAGUAAAAGUCAGUCCAUUAAACUUAACGUGUUGAACAACGCAAACGGAUCUCAGGGUAACAUACAACUGGUGGUGGAUUCACGAAUGGGAGUUAUUCUUGGCUCCGUGGCACAAUCUCAAGGGGCUGCUAUAACUAGCGUACCUCAAAAUUCGGUAUCCUGUACUUCGGCAUUGACACCAGCAUCAACAUCCACAUCUACGGCUACAGCUAUACCUACCAUCGCGCAUUCUCAAACGGAAAAUUAUAAGUAUACUCGAUCCGGACGCAGAACAAAGGUGCUCCAAGUGCAACAGUCGGACAUAAUAGAGGAACCCACGCUAGUUGCUCGUGGAAGACAGAAAAUAGGAUGCCCAACGCACGUUGUCACACCAACUAGUACCAGCCCGCAAGGAGUAACUAAUCUCAGAAUAAAAACAGUGAGCAAGCAACAAAUUACACCGUCGGUAUCGUCGAACGUAGGUGCAACAACAGGAACGGCAACACCCACGGUAACGACAACUACAGCGAGAUUGACUAUUACAAAACCAACGGAACAUACGAGUAUCGGUGGAAUAUCGGUUGGAAAUAAAAACGCAGCUGGCGACCACGUCGACGACUCGAAGAAGAAUCUUCCGGACGGAAGGGAAGUAACUUUUAACAAAAUCAACGGUGGCAGAACCUUUCCUUCCUUGGUGGUCAUAGCUAGACCAAAUCUUCGUGCAAAGGAUAUCGCGCCUCAAAUAGCUCAGAAAGAAAGAUCCGAGUUAGAUAUUAAAGUCAAGAGCGUACUCAUGUUCUCCGCUACCAAGUUUGCCGAAUGGCUGAUACAGCAAGGGUUAGUAAAGUCCGAACAAUAUUGCACACAACACAGUAAUAAUUAUCAAAGGACCAAAUUGAAAUUAGGAAUGUACAGUGAUCAAGGUACAUUUCCAUACUCGGGAGGAUACGUUUGGAUCUCAAGUUGUUGUCCGGACCGUUUCGUUUCCGUCUUUUCCGGUUCCAUUUUUCAAGGAGCAACCUAUACACCUACUGUCCUUCUAAAAUUAAUUUAUCAUUGGGCGUGCCAAACGAACGUUCAAAAUGUCGUUUCCUGGGUGAAGGUGUCGAAUCUGUACGUGAAAAAUUUUUACACCCAUUUACGUAGCAUUUGCACAGCCGCAAUUUGGGAUAAAACUCGCAAGAUGGGAGGUAAAAAUUCAGUGAUACAAGUCGGCGUAAUCAGUUUAGGCACGACAUCGCAAGACGGAAACUUGCGGCAAGUUAAAGUUGAAGUGCUCGGUGUAUUAGAUCAUGCCACGCUCGAUUUAAGAUUGAGAGCAUGCGAUCCGGUGCAAGACGGUGAUAGAUCGUACAAACGACGAUUCAAUAAUAUUUUACAUCCUUUGAAAGAGUGGGUCCACACAGAUUCGAAAAUUAUGACGGACUUCACCGUUGAUAAAAGUACGCUCGAAGAAAUGGGUUUUAAUCACGUAACGCAAUCGGCAUUCUCCGAUCAAAGUCCGCGAAAUUUUACGAGUAAUUAUCACAUUAUGGAGUACUUGAGAAAAAUUGUUCCCAGAAUGUUUCAGAAUACUCUGAGUUUACUCAGUAGACAAAUGAUACAACAAUUUUUGGACGAGUUAGUAUGGAGAGAAAUGUACGGUUCGACCGCUGCGCGUGCAUUUGACAACAUUAUCGCACACAUCGCAGAACAAACUAGAAUCGACUCUAGCGAAAGUCUCUUGGAUCGUUUGGCUAAGAUAGCUGCCAAUCCGUUUCAUAAUUGGUCUUACUCGAAUGUGAAUCCGCCACCGUUGACACCGCUCAUGACAAUAAGCAAAGAAGACAUUCACGCGGGCUGCGAAGUCCUCGUUCCGGUUAAUGCCAACGUUAAACAGCAACAAGAAGCAUUGUCUUUUGUUCAAACGAAAAAACCUGGACCAAAGAGAGGGCGAAAGAGAAACCCAGCAACGGCGGCUAGCCCAGAACCGGAAGCGAAGAAAGGUGUGUUUGAUUCGAAAGGUACCCGAGAAAAAGACAAGGAGGGCAAAAACGAUCAGAUACAGUUGCAAGAACUUUACUACGCUACUAUGGAAGGUGACAAGAGUCUUCUUUUAAAAGAACAUAAAUGCUCGUUAUACUUUAAAUGCUUCCUAUGCGCUGCAACGAUGCGUUCCAAUACAGACGUGAUGGAGCAUACUAUCGGUCAUGUACCGCCACAAGUACCCGGACAAUCGGAUUCCCCCGUCUGUAGGUAUUGCUGCACAGCGUUUUCAUCUCAACAUCAGAUGAUUACACACGUUACGGAAACACAUAGCAAUUUUGGCCACUCGGACAGUGGCAUGGUUGUUUGCGCUAUUUGUGAGCAGAAAUUCGGGAAAAGUGGUCUCCUUGUCAACCACUUAUCAUCGAUGCAUUGCCCUUCGGAAAUGCCGUACCGAUGCGAGAGCUGCGGCUACCGUACUUCCAGUCAUAAAGACGCUAUCGAUCAUUUUUAUCGAAUUCACGAGAAGGGCGAGGGGCUACAGUGUCCUUAUUGUUUGAAAGUAAUAGAUUUCGUAAGAGACGGCAAUCCAAGUGUUACCAGCGUUCAUGCUUUCUUAUUGCAUAUGCAAAGACACGUUAUCAGAAGGGAACAAGGACGGGGGAAUAAGUGUUCAAGAUGUUGCCUUUGGUUUAAUCAAAAGAGUUCGUUAAAAAUCCACCAAAGGGAAUUACACGAUUGUGUUUCCGAUUCAAACGUUGUUCCGUACUCGAGCGGUAACGAUGAAAUAAUGGUAUCGAAACAACGACCUCAAAACAGGCGGUUCGAAAUUGACAGCCCUGUAACGGAAUUACCACACGACGAAAGAGUCACAAAAUGGAUUACCGGCCCGGUCACAGUGAACGUUCCAGACGAUAAUCUGUCUUGUAAAGAAUGCGAGGAGGAUAUAGACGAGCAAGAUCAUUAUCCAGGUGAACAAAAAUGUCAACAAUGUCCCUAUGUCACUUGUUGUUGGCGUGCGUAUAAGGAACAUCAACAACAAAUUCACAACGAACGACCUAUGACCAGCUUGGUAGUUCCUUCUCCUCUCAUAAAUAUUCCAUUAGAUAAAAGAAUGCAAUGUUCGUGCGGUUACGCGACAACCGACGGAAAUCAAUUAGCUACACAUUUAAUCAAAUGUAAAACAGUGUCUGCCUAUCCACUGGAAGAUACAGCACCGUCCGGAAUGUUGAACAGUUUGGGUUUAGUCCCGAAAAAUAAUCCCGACGAAACAGCAGACGUUGAUGGCAAAAGGACUAAUUUACAUUAGGCAUUGAACGAAGUACAAGUUUUCAAAUGCUUUAGGCACCAUGAAUGAUAAGUUAACGAUUUAGACAAUUAGAGCGUGUGUGACUUUUGAAACAUUGGAAGAGAAAAAGUAAAUUACACCUGUAUAGUUAAUAAUAAGAAGAAAAUAGCAACUUACUUCGCUUAGAGUAUAUAUCAUUACAAACAUAAGAAAGGAUUUAAAUUGUAUCCUAGUUCGAAUCGGUUUUCACGUUACGUGUACCAUUUUCACUUCUAUCGUCGAAUCUCGUAUGCCCCAUCGUAUACCGUUGCCUCGACACCAAAAAUCUACAAUGAAUCAAAUUUGAACAACCGGAUCGCCAAUAUUUUACAUACGUUACGUAACUACACCAACAUGUAUCGUUUGAAAAUACUGUAACAAUAAUUACACACAUUUUUGUUGGACUAUAGGGUUUCAUCGAUUAAUCAUUAAUACGUUUAUAUUGCUGAGUUGUACCUUUAUACGAAAUAAUAAAUCGUUGCAUGAAGAGGAUACUUCUCGUCAAGUUUGAAAAUAUGUACAUACGGAGAAUUACGCAUGUGUGUUGUCCCGUAAAGAAAUGGUUUCUCCUUUAAUUCUCCUCCCGAUAUAGAGAACGAAGUAUAGAAAAACUUAUUUAUUUUUCGAACUUUUAUUUAGCAAGUACGUUUUUCCGUAGUUUCGAUAAUAAAUGUAGCAUACAUAUGUAUCUUUACGUGCUCAACUGUACGAGAAUACAGUAUUUACACAAUACUAACUGAUAAAAUUAGAAUGCACCGAUGAAUUAUUAUUCUUCAAUCGAAGAAACUGAGGCAAGUUGAAAACUAUUUGUGUUAACAUGUAAUAGUUCGUCACUCU